AUGUUCGAAUUUCAGGCCGAAAGGGAACCGCUUCUGUGGCCGGUAAAUGCGAACAAAAUGGGAGCCGAGCUGGUCGACAGUUUCAGUGAGCUUUACUUUUAUCUUAGCUUUGAUAUUAACGGCGGAGAAGCCGUGGCGAAAAAGUUUAGCGCAUGUUAUCAUUGUAGAAACUUUUUCAGUUUUAAAGCCCCGAAAAACCGUUGCUUUCGCAUUGAGGUUUGUUGAUUUUCAGGUCAAACAAAUCCCUAUAUAUUAUGGAUAUUCAUUGGGUCGGCUCUGGCUUGGUGCUUCACGGCGCCCGCAAUGAUGUUGCCAGCAUUUACUGUGGGUCAGACUUGUACGAGUGGUGAGAACUGCACGUUGACGGAUGGAACCAUUAUUAAGGAAGUAAGUGGAGAAGUUCACUUGUUACAAGGCGAAUAUAUCAAUGAUUUCUACGUAUAUAUCUUUUGCAACAAAAACAGAACGUCAAAGUUUUGAAAUUUAUUGAUCACACAGUUAUAAUGCGAUCAUAUCAUCGAAAUUCGAAAGCCAAACGUUAUGCAAUCGUUCUUUUGCUCUUGAUGGUGAAGCUUUUCCAAACAGUGGCGUCCUGAACACGUAUUUUUACUACUUUUGGAUUACAUGUUUACUAGGUAAAGUGCAAUAAAAAACAAGCUUAGAACACAAUAAACCGCAGGCAGAAUUUUUCUGUAAUACAAUUAUGCGUUGUAGGCGACUUCAAAUUCCUGAAAGGCUAAAGAAAAUAGUCUGUCGGGAAAAUAAUGAGCCCCUGUCAAAUGCAAAGUCGCAUCUCCACGAGGAAAUUUAAUUGUGUUGCGACAAAAUCAGAUUGCUUUUUUGCUUCAGCGACGCGUUGUGCUCAUUACUUUCCCGACAAAUUGACAAGGAAAAUAUGAAAAAAAGAAACUAUUUUUAUCCCUAAUGGUUUUAGUUUGAUCUCAUUGGCAACAGAGCCUUUAUCGCCGACAUCUCAACAACCGCUUAUAUGUUUGGAAAUAUUAUUGGAGCUUCCACACUCGCUCGAGCUGCUGACUUGUAAGGCUUGUUACACCUCCCCCAAACCCCCAUUCUUUUCUAGUUUUGGCCGGAGACCGCUAGUCGUCUACUGCGUCUUGACCAGCGGUCUGAUUGGCCUUUUUGUGCUGAUCAUCGACAACGUCUACGAAUACAUGGCCAUCAGGCUGCUCCAAGGGAUCCUCUUUCCCGGCGCUGGAAUUACUUGUUGGUGUUUGGGCUAUGAGUCGAUUGGCUCAAAGUCGAGGUCCUACGCGACGUUGGUGUUCGGCGGAGCUUGGGUGCUCGGCUACAUUGCGUUGGGACCAAUGGCAAUGUUGAUUUCCAACUGGAGAUAUUUAACGGUCGCCGCGUCCAUCCCGUGUAUUGCGGCGGGCGUCACGUUUUGGUUUCUGCUUCCAGAGAGCUUCUACUUUCUGGUGUCCAACAAGAAAGAGAAGGAGCUACAAAGAUGGCUCUAUAAUUUGAAUCGAUUCAGGUUUGAGACUUCAGCGACGGCGGAGGUAAGACACUAUAGUUUUGAGAACAAGAUAUCAACAUGAACUCCUCAAGUUUAUCACGGUUUUUCUUUGAACUUGACUCAUUCCUUUAGGACAUUAUAUCCGAGCACUCGCGCCGCCAUGAGCUCAGUGAGAUGGCUGCAGCGCAAAAGAAAGCCAAUUUCUUCGUUCAAUUGUACACUCACAAACGCCUUCUCAUGUUCACAAUUACGAUGACAUAUCUUUGGCAAGUCGACUUCACAAAGCUUUAGGAAGCCUCACCGAGCGCUAAUUACUCGUUAAUUUUCAGGGUCUGUGAUGCGAUCUGCUACUAUGGUCUUUCCUUGUUCAGCUCCGAGUUGGCCGGCAACAAAUAUCUGAAUUAUGUUCUGCUCGGCCUAAUUGAGUUGCCAUCGUAUUUCGUUGCUCCGUAUCUUCUGAACUUCUUCGGCAGACGAUACUCCAUCUCUGGGCUUCAUUUCCUCGCCGGCGUCGGAUUCAUUGGAGCUCUUUUUGUUGGUAUGUCCACUAUGACCUUGCUAAAGACAAAAUGUUCAUUUGAGUAUAUACUACGCCGUCAUCACAUGAUUUUCACCCGAUUUUAGAGCACAGUACUGUUUCGUUUGUGUUCUGGAUGAUUGGGAAGUUCGGGAUCUCUUGCGCUUUCACUUCCCUCUACGUUUAUGCCGCCGAAAUCUUCCCAACCCACCUUCGCAGCGGCGGAAUCGGCGCUUGUGAGGUUGGGGCAAGAGUUGGAGGGACUUUAGCACCGGCUCUCCAUGCGUUAACCGCUGUCUCGCCAAUCCUACUGACUAUCAUCUUCAUCGUAUUGGCAAUUGGAGGUGGCAUAGCGACGUUGUUGCUCCCUGAAACGGGUGGCCAGCACUUACCGGAAAACACGGAUGACGUCGAAAAUCUCAAGAUUGUAUAA